UCUAGAUAACAGAAAAAUUAGACAGGUUUGACAUCAAUAUCAUCGUGCUUGUCAAAAUUAUUGUGCAAAAUGAUGUUACGAUCAUCUAGUAGCAGAUUCAGACGUAAGCCAAGUAGACCAAAAAUCGUCAGCAGCGACCAAUUCACGAAAGAAUUCAAUAAACUCAAAAGAGUUAUUUCAAUCACCGACAUCAAAAAGAGCUUGCAGUCAUCCAAUUCUGAGGCUCGUUUCUAUACAGACAUCUCAAAAAUGGAACUAAACAGAUUACUAGAGGAAAAGCAAAGAUUGGAUGCCAAAAUCCAACAACACUACGAAUCCAUGAAAGGGAAGGAAAUAGAAGGGUCAAAGGUAGUUCAGGAACUUUGGGAGCGUACGAAAAAAAUCAACGAAGCAGCAAGAAAAAGAGGGGAUAAACUGCAUAUAAAACCGCAUCAUUUCAAGAAGGUGUUAUAUGAGUUGAAGAAAUUAUCGAAAGAGCAGAAGAUGAAGGGCCAACAGAUGCUAGAAAAGAGGAAAAGGUUGGGCUCUAGGAUUCAGCUUGCUCGUGAGACUGUGAACUUCUGUAACAAAUUUGGGAACGUGAAUAAUAGCAAACGCGAAAAAUAAUUGUACGAUAGAUGGAGUGGACGUAUAUUGAGCAGCACAUAGUGCUAUGAGCUCAACUGUCACUUUUGUCGUUCAGAAAAGUAUAAAACUGAAACCGUACUAAACAGAUGUACUUAGGCUUUAUAGUCAGUUGUUAAAUAAACAAAUACAAACACUAUCAUUUUAGAGAGUAGAAUAAAUAUAGAUUCUAAUAAGAUAAGUUGAAUUCCUCAAGGCUAACUGUAAAAUAGAUCACGACUUUUUCCAUUUUUACUUCGCUCGCAUACUGGCGGGGAGGUAAUAGUGACAAUUUUCGAAC